AUGCAACACACUGACAAGAUAGGGAAGGCGCUGAAGGAUAUUGAUAUCACGUGCAUUAAUGAUGCUGUUGCUCCCCUAGAGGUUCAGGCUCAAGCUCGAGUUGAUGUGGAGCCCUCAGAUUCCCAGAUUCCUGUGUCCCCUCAGGCUACAGCUGCAUCCACUUCCACUUCACAGCCCACCUCCCAGUCUACCAUUGCUCAGCCUUCUGCUGCACAGCCAGCCAUCUCGAGGCUUGUUCUAUUAGUUCAGCAUGCCAAAGCUAAGGUAGACCAGCUUUUGAAGAACUUGCCCACCCUCAUCAAGAAAGCUUUGACUCUGAUACAAUCCUCAGUGACUGCAUUCCAACAGCAACAAGCAGCUUAUGGGGAUCGCCUGCAACAUCUUGAAAUGAGGACUCUAGAGUUCGAUCUAUUAUCCUUCCUGCCCAAGGAAUGUGAGGAGGGAGCAGACACAACAGCACCUGACCUGGAUCUUGACUUCUCCACUCUGAUGUCAGAUAUUGCACCUCCCACUGUCGGGGCUUCCCAGCCUCCAGCUCCUCCUGCAUAUAUUGAGAUUUCUUCUAAGGAGGAUUUCGGGCACUCUACAGAGUCUGAGGGUGAGGAGGCGGACGAGGGAGAGGAUGAUGAGGAUUCAUGGUCCGAGGAGGAUGAAGGCCAUCAGGAGAAGGGUAAGCGGAUUGCUGUUCCUAAAGUUGAGGACGAGGAACAAGCAGCAAUUCAGGUAGCAAUAGAACAUUCGCUAGCAGACACGGCCGCCCCCGCAGAUCCGUCGGCCACUCAGCCAUCAGAAGGAGAGGCUAGCAGUUCACAAGCCCCGGCUCCAGUAUUGGGUCAGCCAGAGAUCCCUCCUCCAUUAGUGGAGGUCACUCCUCAGGCUGAGAUCUUAUCGGUCCCAACUUCAGCAUCAGAGGGUGACCCCACUAUCACUAAGUCGGCUUUCGACUCCCAUAGCGCUUAG